UCCAAUCCUGAAUCUCGACGUCAUGAAUCACGUGACCACUACUGUGCCAAAAGUGGGGGAAAAAAACGGAAACUGACAACGGGCGUCUUUUCUACCAGCACUAUGGAGAAACUAAUUUCAGCUUUCUGGUUAGAUAUCAGACCUUUGAAAGAGCCACUGGGAUUUAUACGAGUCCUGGAAUGGGUGUUUGCCAUAUUUGCAUUUGCGUCAACUGGUGAUUAUUCCAGCACCACAAGCUUUAAUAUCCAAUGUCAAGGGCCUGCCCGUAUCCAUGAGAUCAAUGUCUCCUUCGAAUACCCUUUUAGAUUGUCUCAAUCCGAGUUCGAUGUGCCGACCUGCGAAGUGAACAGAACAGAAACGGAAAAGUACCAUCUGAUUGGAGACCAUUCAUCUUCAGCUCAGUUCUUUGUUGCAGUUGGAGUCCUGGCCUUCCUGUACUGUACCAGCAUACUUGUGGUGUAUGUUGGCUACCAGCAAGUAUAUCGCGAGUCAAACCGUGGCCCUGUUAUUGAUCUGAUAGUAACUGCAAUCUUCACGUUCUUGUGGCUGGUGGCUUCUUCUGCCUGGGGAAAAGGCCUAACGGAUGUGAAAGGGGCUACGAGUCCAACAAAACUCCUUUCUUUCAUCAAAGCCUGUAAGAACACCGUAAAUAAGUGCAGUCCAGGUGCCCUUCCUACUUUCGGCCCCCUCAAUUCUUCAGUGAUUUCUGGGUUUCUUAAUCUCAUCUUAUGGGGGGGAAACUGCUGGUUCAUCUUUAAGGAGACACACUUCCAUACACAGGCCGGUCCUUCAGCCGCUCAGCAAGAAGCAACAAGGCAGCCUUGACAAAAGAGUUCGAGAGAUGGCGAUGCCCACAGUUAUCCACUGUAGUUCAGACAGUUGUGAUUCUGUGAUUAAACUUCCUGUGACUUUGCAAAUCACAGGAAGUAAGGUUUUGGUCUGUAAUGCCUUUCUAGAGUUCAUACGCUCAGUUCAAACAAUUCCACUUUAAAUUACUCUGUCGUUCUCAAGAACUGAAACUGUGAGGAAAUGUAUAUGAUUCAUAAAUGUGAGUUGAUCUUUACGUGCAUCGGAAAGAAAGACGCACUUUACACUCCAUAUUGAACACGUAAUUUUAAAUAACCAAGGUCAUGGGUGAAAAUGCAUGUGAACCCUUGGUGGACUUUUUAUUGAUGACAACCUCAGCCUAGUGCUUUGUGUCAUUGCUGAUCAUUUCUAUAAUUUUGGUUCUUUGCGUUUUGCAAAACUAUUUGCAUUUGACAAAAAAAAAAAAUCAUGCAUAUUUGGGGAUUUGGAUCCCAAAAACCUCCAGCAUGAAAUUUUCCAUGUUCCUAAAUGACAGGAGAUGAUGUGAGCCAUGAAAUUUGCUUUAGCUGCUGUGAGAUUGUUACGCUUGGAGACGUCUGUUACAGAAACUAUACAUACAGUAUGAAUUUAUGCUGCCUUCAUUUUUUUUCCCCAAGUUUAGUUUUUCCUACAUCCUUUCAUGAAAUGAGCCGUUUGUUACUUAGAGUUUCAUGUUUGUUUUUUCAACCUAAAUGUGAAGUUACAGUAAAUUAAAAAUGCGCAUUCAGUUUCUAAAAAAUACUUUGUGAUGACUCCUUGCAUAAUUUUGUAAUGCAGUACCAAUUACUUUUUUUUUUUUUUUUUUUUAAUCCAUCUCAAGCAAUGUUAUGGCUUUGCUAUUAAUUGGUUUCCUGUUCAGGCAUAAAAGUGAAAGAAUAAUUUUUCCCUCAUUAAUGCCGUUCUUCAAUUUGACUACUUGUUUACCCAUUACCUAGUAAUAUUAAAGAGGAUUUUGUUCAAUUUAUGCAUGUGCGAUUAUCCAAAUGUGG